CCGGGCGUGGGGGCCUGUGGGAGGUGGCGCGGCCGGGCCCAGCUGCGGGGCGGAGGUGGAGGCGAGGCCUGCGGCUGCGGGGAGCGGCGGGGCCGGGAGCGGGCGCCGGAGCCGAGCUGAGCCGGAGCAGGCGCCGGAGGCCGGCGCGGCGAGCAGCAGCCAUGUCGGUGUUCGGGAAGCUGUUCGGGGCUGGAGGGGGUAAGGCGGGCAAGGGCGGCCCGACCCCCCAGGAGGCCAUCCAGCGGCUUCGGGACACGGAGGAGAUGUUAAGCAAGAAGCAGGAGUUCCUGGAGAAGAAGAUCGAACAGGAGCUGACUGCUGCCAAGAAGCACGGCACCAAAAACAAACGCGCGGCCCUGCAGGCUCUGAAGCGCAAGAAGAGGUAUGAAAAGCAGCUGGCACAGAUCGAUGGCACCCUGUCAACCAUCGAGUUCCAGCGGGAGGCCCUGGAGAAUGCCAAUACCAACACAGAGGUGCUCAAGAACAUGGGCUAUGCCGCCAAGGCCAUGAAGGCUGCCCACGACAACAUGGACAUUGAUAAAGUGGACGAGUUAAUGCAGGACAUUGCUGACCAGCAGGAACUUGCAGAGGAGAUUUCCACAGCUAUUUCCAAACCUGUAGGCUUUGGGGAAGAGUUUGAUGAGGACGAGCUCUUGGCAGAGUUGGAGGAGCUUGAACAGGAGGAGCUAGACAAGAAUUUGCUGGAGAUCAGUGGGCCCGAAACAGUCCCGCUACCAAAUGUCCCCUCUGUAGCCCUACCGUCCAAACCCGUCAAGAAGAAGGAAGAGGAAGACGACGACAUGAAGGAAUUGGAGAACUGGGCCGGAUCCAUGUAACUGGUCCAGCCAGACUCUGGUGGCCUGUGCGACGGGCGGGCAUGUGCGUGCGCAGGGCGGGCAGGACAGGUGCAGGCAGCCUCCAUCACUCAACUGUCACCCAAAGCAGUAGGCCGCAUCACUGCUCACUCUCGCAUAGCAUGGUCUGUGCCCGGGGCGGGCGGGGGGAGGGGGCGGGAGGGAGGUGCCUGCUGUUUAUAAUGUUGAAUUUCUGUAAAAUAAACUGUAUUUGCAAAUCCAACAUUGAGCUUCUGGACUACGCUAACUCCACUGCUGAAUCCUCCGUGGAAAGGGUCGGCCACAUGCAGUUGACACAUCCAGAACUGUGUCCUGUGUCCUGAAGUCAGCUGACCUGUCCCACAUCUCUGUAGAUGCGUAUGGUACCGGCAGAAAAGUUGUUUUUCAAAAGCCAUAGAUAGGCUUCCCUUGUCCUCAGCCGUAAUAGCACAUCUGGUUUUGGUUUCCUCAAGAGCUGUGUUUCUGUCUGUCACCUGUGUACCAGCCCCGUGUUAACCUCCCUGUCUCUCCUGCUCUCCUCCAGUUUGUGACACGGACCUGAAACGGAUGUAUUCUCUUGAGAGCACAUAAGAUUGUUAGACUUGAAUUCCAGCUGUCCGGUUUUCUAACAUAGCUCUAAGGUCCUCAUGCUGUUUGUGAUCAUGAUAGAUAACUCAUUGGAAACAUGUGCAUACAUUUAUAUUCAGAUGAAAUUAUGGUUUGCACUGUCUAUUAAAUAUCUCGAUUUAAUUUUCA